AUGAGUACUCCAGCUUCUUCCGAUUUUGAGCGAGCAAGUCGGGGCGAAGAUGCUCCAGAGCUAGGGCAUGUCUCGCUACCACCUGUGGAUGGUGGGAAAGGUGCAUGGUUGUUCCUAGCCGCAGCAUUCGUCGUAGAAGCAUUGGUUUGGGGCUUUCCCUUCUCAUAUGGCGUGUUCCAGGAGUACUACUCCACCCACGAGCCUUUCGCAGGCUCCAACAAUAUCGCUGUUGUCGGCACUUGCGCCAUGGGUAUUAUGUAUCUGAACUUGAUCGUCAUCUUCUCUGUACUGAAGAUAUGGCCGCAUCUGCAGCGGUGGGCAACGGCGGGCGGCCUGCUCGUCAUGUGUCUUGCCCUUGGUCUCAGCUCCUUCUGCAACAAGACUACCGAACUUAUCGUCUCACAAGGCGUCAUUUAUGCCCUUGGCGGUAGUUUGACUUACUCACCUUGUAUUCUGUACAUGGAUGAGUGGUUUGACAAGCGGAAAGGCCUGGCAUACGGGAUCAUGUGGGCAGGAACUGGUCUCGCUAGGGUCAUUCUACCCCUUGUUAUGGACUGGAUGCUGCACGCGUACGGCUUCCGCACGACUUUACGCGUAUGGGCUGUGUGCCUGUUCAUCUUUACCGCCCCUUUACUCUACUUUGUCAGACCACGCAUUCCGCUCGGGCCCAAGCAACGCGCGCGCAAGAUCGAUUUCACGUUCCUGCGGACAUCAACGUUUGGCAUCCACCAAGCAUGCAAUAUUGUAGAAGCUCUCGGCUUUUUCCUCCCCUCGAUCUACCUUCCCACGUUCGCUCGCAGCAUAGGCGUGGAGAGUAACACACUCAGCGCGCUGACCGUAAUCCUGUUCAACGUCGCCUCCGUCUUCGGUUGCGUGGCUAUGGGCUCUGUCGUAGACAAAUGGCACGUCACCACCUGUAUUCUGAUCUCUACCAUCGGCACCACCAUCAGUGUCUUCGUCAUCUGGGGCUUCUCGAACUCUCUGGCUCCACUAUACAUCUUCUGCCUCAUAUAUGGCUUCUUCACGGGUAGCUUUACGAGCGCAUGGCCAGAGGUCAUGCGCGACGUUACCAAAAAGAGUGACACGGCCGAUCCGAGUAUUGUCUUUGCAUGCCUGGCGGCGGGACGCGGAGUCGGAAACGUAGCGUCGGGGCCACUCAGCGAGGCGUUGAUCAACGGCUUUCCAUGGCGUGCAGAGGCUGGCUUCGCGUAUGGGAGUGGAUAUGGCACGUUGAUUGUGUUCACUGGUAUCACGGCCCUUCUUGGUGGCUCAAGCAUCUUGGGUAAACGGCUUGGAUGGGUGUGA